ACAUAACAUCAUCAGAUCAUCACCACUUCACUUUGAGUAAAAGUCAAAAUACUUGAUAAAAAAGCUCCAUUCUUCUUCUCAUUUCGGAAAUUACUACGAUUGGCUAAUCGGAUUAUAAGACAAGUUGUUUUAAUAGGAUAAAUUGGAUCACAUACACGGUGCACCCAGCUAGCCAGACAGGAACAGCAAAAUAAAAAAGUCUUCCACGUAGACGAAACGGGAGGAAGGAAGGAAGCAGCAGGAAAAAAAGUUUUCUAAUAGAUUUCCUGUAAUGGUCCGGCCUUUCUGUAUUUCUCUCAAACCUUAACUCGCUGCUGCUGCCGCCCCCCACUCCUCACUUACGCAUCUCUCCGUCUCCACCCACCACGCGACCACCACCGGAGUCAGUCUGCAAAUCAACCAUCUUCAUCGAGCUUAUAUAUACUUACUUCUUGUACUUAAUUUGAAAAUAUAACUUGACGAUGGCAAGCAAUGAACCCAAAUCCACUCCGGAGUAUGGAAAACUCAAAAAUUUUUGGGAAGCAAGAACUGAUAACACUAUAAGCACUUCUCAGAACAGUACAGCUGUAAAAUUAAUCAAAUCAUCUCCUCCUCCAGCCUCCUACAACAACGGAUCGUCGACAAAUAAUUCUGUCACAAAGAAACCUGAAACCAACGGGAACGGUUUUCAUCAUAAUCCAACGACAACAAUCGACAUGGCAAACCAGGAUUUGACUCCGAGUGUUAUUGAAUUCGACCAAGAUGUUCUUGACGGCUGUCUCUCAGAGUAUCUGAAAGUAGCUCAAGGGCUUGGUGGUGAAAUCGCGGAACAUGCUGCCCUUGUCCAAAAAGCCUUCAUGGCUCAGCGAGAUUUCUUAGUCACGGCUACCCGUUUUGCGAAACCUGGAGACGCCCAAUUCCAACAAUUGCUUGGACCGACUGCUAAUGCAAUUACAGAAAUUCAAAAAUUUCGUGAAUCGCGGAGAUCAAGUCCUGUAUUCAAUCAUUUGUCCGGAAUUUCUGAAAGUAUUCCUGCAUUGGCUUGGGUUACAAUUGCUCCAACUCCUGGUCCUCAUAUCAAAGAAAUGAAUGACGCUGGACAAUUUUAUACAAAUCGUGUACUCAAAGACUUUAAAGAAAAGCCAGGACAUGCUGAAUGGGCGAAAUCGUGGAUUGGAACAUUAGUUGCAUUGCAGGCUUACGUCAAGAAAAAUCACACAACUGGACUUGUAUGGGGAAAGCAAGCAAUGGCUGGAGGUCCUACAGGUGGUCCACAGCCACCCCCACCACCUCCUGCAUUCGAAAUGCCGGAUUUGUCAUCAAUGACAGUUUCAGAUGAGCGGGCUAAUUUGUUUGCCGAAUUAAACAAGGGUGAAGAUGUCACCAAAGGACUGAAGAAAGUAUCUGCAGAAAUGCAGACUCAUAAAAAUCCAAGUCUUCGUGCAAGUGCAGUUGUACCUGCUACUGGAUCAUCAUCUGUCAACGGGUCAUCCGGACCUAAAGCUCCCGUCUCGAAACCUCCAAAAUUCGCCUUGGAAGGCAAGAAGUGGGUUGUGGAAUACCAAGUGGGAAAACGAGACCUCAAAAUCGAAGAUGUUGAAAUGAAUCAAGUCAUUUAUCUAUUUGCUUGCAAAGACUCGACCAUCACAGUUAAAGGGAAAUUGAACUCAAUCGUCGUCGACUCUUGCGUAAAGUCGGCCAUCGUGUUUGAUUCACUUGUUGCCUCUGUGGAGUUUGUCAACUGUAGAGAUUGUCAAAUGCAGGUCAUGGGAGCUGUACCAACAAUAACAAUUGACAAAGUGGAUGGUCUUCAAAUGUUUCUGAGCAAGGAGUCGAUGCACGUGGAAAUUGUGUCGGCCAAAUCAUCCGCUCUGAACGUAAUGGUUCCAAAACAAGAUGGAGAUUUUGCCGAAUACCCUGUUCCUGAACAAUUCAAGACAACUGUGCAUGCCAAGGGGCUGACUACAGUGCCGACUGAGAUGGUGGGAGUGUAAAAUAAUUAAAUUUCACAUUUACGUACACUGUUUUUUCAAUUGCCAAAAUGUAAUUAAGUAUACUCAAGUCUGGAUUACUUACUGCAUGCUCUAGAUUUAAUUUUUAAUCGAAAUUUGAGAUUGAUUGGAAAGACAUGACCACAAACAUUUUAAUAUAACCAAGAAGUUAUUAUUAGAUCAGGCUUCUAAUAAUUUAUGUAUAAAUGCUUGUUUUCUUGCCUGGUCCCCCGGUGCGUACUUUUACAUACUACUUUUGUCGUACAUAUACAGUGUAUUUUAUUCACGUUUAGCUUUAUUCACCAAACAAUAGGUAGAUAAUUACUCACUAAAAAAACAGCAUUAUUAGUUUAAUAAUUUCUUGUAGAAACAUGUAUAACUUAUUGUCCAGUGUUGUUGCAUAUUGUAUCAAACUAAUAAAACUGGCUAUUUUGCCGUGUCCAGUAUGUGACCAAAUAAAUAAAUAACGCAAAACUGUGGAA